AUGUUGGUGCUCGCUGUGUAUCGUUACACGCGACUACCACUCAUAGUUAUCUCUGUGACAGGCAAUGCUUUUGUACCAAUCAUAAUGAUCCGAUAUCCAACGUUGCGUAAAUCGUCCACAAACAUGUUAAUUGCCCAGCUGAGCUUCGCCGAAUUUCUCAACAGUCUAGGAACAUUGGUACCAAUGAUUUAUGCGAAUGUCGUUGGAUCACGUGAGGCAAACCUGCACCUAUGUCUAGUGCUUGCAAUUCCAAUGCUUAUGUCAUUAUAUGUCAUCCAAACGACAAUUUUAUUCGUCGCUAUUGAUCGUUUAUUAUGUCUGAUUCGACCACUUGUUUAUCAUCGUAUGAAUACUGAUUUCAAACUGUCCGUAGUUCGUGCGGCAGUGUGUUUACUGUGUGCGCUAAUUGGAACAGCAGCGCAAUUCAUCGCUCCCAAAGCACACAGCACUUUUAAAAAUUGUUCAUUGGGAACAUUGCUGAUAAUGGUUGGUGUCUAUUACUGGUUCAGACAUCAGGCGAAAACAGUUGUGAACAAUGCGGUUCUGGCGACAACAACAUUGAUUUUGAUCGCAUAUGUUAUUUUAUGGUCCACUCCAAUAUCUGUUUUUUUGUGCGAUGCAAUUUUUAAAGCGUCUAGUGGUGAGACGAACGGNCGGUGGUCACCGCUUUUCGCGAUGCGUCCACUGCGGCUAUUCAAACGGAUCCUUCGUUCAAAGCGAGUACCAGGUCGACAACAACUAAUCACAACUAAACUAAAAUAA